AUGCCAGCAUCUAUCGCUUCCGGUUCCUCCUUUCAAUCCUCCUUACCACCAGCAGGAUGGAAAGCCACCGACGGCGAUCGCAUGCUUCAUGAUGAUUCCAGUGAUGCGUCUUCGAGUUAUUAUUUCUUGGACGAAUUUGGAUCUGAUUUCGAUGAUGGUAUUUCGGAUUCCGUGCUGAGUCAAACCACCAGUCAAUUCAUGGAGAAUAAUUCCAUCACUACCAAAAUGAUGGCGGCAAUGAUGGCCGACGAUCCUGGUGCCAUUGUGGAAGAAAUAUCCAGCGAGGACGACGACGACGACGAUCAGUCAUCGUCCUUCUCUUACACGGAUCACGACGACCAAGACGAUGAUCGUCCUGUACCAGAACACGACAGUGAAUCCUCCCACAGUGAUGCUAGCAGCAUUGACAACAAUCGGAUUGGGAUUCAACCGCUCUAUCCUACGGAAUCCAUGUCCUUUGAUACCAUUAUGGAAAUGGGAGAAAACAGACAGCAGCAAGCCGGAUUGGAGCUGGACUAUCAUGAUGAUACACACGAUAAGACGAAGAAGAAGACUACACAAAACGAUGAUUCUUCUGCUCCCACCAAAAGUAGCAAGAUCAGUCAAAAUGCCCAUUGGGACGAAACUGCCGAAGAGUAUUCUUUUUUUAGUGGUGGGGAAAGUGAAUCUCCACAAACACUUUGGGAAUUGCUACGGCUGCAGACCAUAUUGGGAAGUUGUACCCAACCUAACGGCGACUCCUUUGAUGAAAUGGAAGAAGUCGUGGGUGAGAGAUCCGCCAUGGGUGAGAGAUCCGCUUCCUCUAAGACGAGAAAGGCCAGCAACAAGAACAAUAACAAAAAGACAGCAGCGAAAGAUUCUAAACAAGGGCGUGAUGAAUCCGAAGGUUGGGUCUUUUUUGGGCUUUGGGCAAAUGACAAUGGGAAUGACACUACUCACAAUCAGGCUCGAGCUACUGCUGGUUCUCCCAACAAACAAGCGUUGCAACAAGAAUUAAUGGCCGAUUUGGAUCCCAGCGGCGAAGAAGGACAGAAGCAAGACACGGAUACAAAUGGUACAUCAUCCAUGAUCAAGAACAAGAUGAAGUCUCUGUUGGGCAGACUGAAACGCAAUGCGAGUGACAAUGUGCGGAGUGUCAAGCUUGCGGCCAGCUUUGCCACGGAAGAUGGAAGCAUUCUGAACAACACUACUACUACUAAUAAUAAUCCGGUGCAAACCAAAUAUGCAAAGCUGGAAGAAACGAACCAACCAAUGAAGACGACAAAGAAAAGUGACGACUAUCCAACUACUGUCAAGAAAAGCCGGUCCAAAGCAGCAAAAAUGGCCAAACAACAGCAGCAACCAGAAAAAGAAGACGGUAUGUUUUGUCAAAUGGGCGACCAAUUUGCCUCCCUCGGUUGCUACGACGAUGCUUGCAGAGCACCAACCCAAGCACAACACGAGCAUGAACUCUUUGAUGACUUUGGUGUGGACCCCACUGCGACUCGCGACCAUAGAACUGGUUGGGCCCAAUUCGAAAAAGGCUUUCCAGGACAAGGCAAAAAUAAAAGCACCAACAAUAUCAUCAGCCAAAAGAAGGCAGCCCUCAAUGCGUCUUACAACUCGACCGAGACUGCCACUACUGCCGAUGAGACUCGAUAUUCACCAGAACGCACCCCCCACCCGAAUGCCGAGUCGGGGUUUGAAACGGAUUUCAAGAACAAUCUAUUCCGUGGUGAUAGAAAUCAUCGAGGAUAUCCUUACCAACAGAAUGAUGCCAAGCUCUAUGAUAGCGAGUAUGGUCGUGAGGCACGCAGCUCCUUGUUGAAUCAUUAUGAUAAAAAGCAAGGCCGCCGCCACAGCAAGUCGCAACGGAAACUAUCCAAGGGACUCAAGAAAAUGAAGCGACGAUUCUCGAAAACCAAGGCUGAAAUUUAA